UACCGUCCGGUCGGUCGCUCUCACGCUCUCACGUCACGGGCUCGUCGCGGACGGCCGAGCAGGCCGAGUGCAGAGUACGCAGGCAGCGCGCAGUUAACACGCGCGCGAGGCCAAAGCGAUCCACCAGUGACGGAACGGAAGUGCGAACGCGACGAUUCCGCAUAGUGGGAAUAGCCUCCGGCUGUUUUUUUCCCGUGGUCUACCGUCCGUGGUCCCGCGUCACAACAAGGGAAAUUGGUCUGCCUCUGGUCGGAACACCGCGACUGCGACUCUUCUCGUCGCGCGUAUCUCUCGGUCAACUCGUCAUUAUCAUCAUCGUCGUCGUCGUCGUCGUCGUCAUCGUCGUCGUUGUCGUCGUGUCGUCGUUGUCGUCGUGUCGUCGUUGUCGCAACUCGUCGACGGGAACAACGCGUCGAGGACGGCGGCGUGAGAGCACGCAGCAGCGUUAGCCUCGAAGAGUAUAUAGCAUGUUGAUUCGUACGCCAGAUGGCUAGAACUUAAUACAUUAAAGAGUCAGUCAUGGAACAAUAUAAUGGUAUAAGUGAUGGAGAUAUUAAUAUAAGUGAUAUCAUUGACGUCAUUCAAACCACCGAUCCUGAUUCUAUGGCUACCAUAGCAAUGGACAGCGAACACAUUCAGCCACAUGUUGAAAUACUAGAACAACCAGCUAGUAAAGCGCUACGGUUUCGCUAUGAAUGCGAAGGCAGAUCGGCUGGCAGUAUACCUGGUAUCAAUAGUAUGCCAGAGAACAAGACUUUUCCCAGUAUACGAAUUAUGGGUUAUAAGGGUCGCGCUAUGGUGGUUGUAUCCUGUGUAACAAAAGAUGCCCCAUACAGACCUCAUCCGCACAAUCUUGUUGGCAAGGAAGUAUGCAAGCAAGGUGUUUGCACAGUGGAAGUUCCAUCGGGAAAUAUGGUUGUCACUUUUUCAAAUCUGGGCAUUCAAUGUGUGAAAAAGAAGGACAUUGAAGAAGCUCUCAGAGUACGUCAGGAGCUGCGAGUAGAUCCCUUUCGAACUGGUUUUGACCAUAAGAGACAUCCGACUAACAUAGAUCUUAACGCGGUAAGAUUAUGUUUCCAAGUUUUCCUGGAAGGAAAGCAGAAAGGAAAAUUCAACAAGCCAUUGCCGCCGAUUGUAUCUGAUCCUAUUUAUGAUAAAAAGGCAAUGUCAGAUCUUGUGAUUUGCAAAUUGAGCCAUUGCAGCGCACCGGUCGCUGGUAGCAUGGACAUGAUUUUACUGUGUGAAAAAGUUGCGAAAGAAGAUAUACAAGUGAGAUUUUUUGAGGAGAAAGAUGGGCAACUAAUCUGGGAGGGCUAUGGCGAUUUUCAACCGACGCAUGUACAUAAACAAACUGCAAUAGCGUUCAGAACACCCAGCUACCGUUCACAGCAAGUGGAACAACCGGUGCAAGUGUACAUCCAACUCAGAAGGCCGUCAGAUGGUGCUACGAGUGAACCACCGCUACCAUUUCAGAUGUUACCGCUAGGUACAGGUAGGCCUGCUUUCUGGUCUUUGCGGAAAGCAUUUGCCAAGAAGAAGGCAGAUUACAGUACUGUCAGUAAAAUCUUGUCUACAGAGACCGCUCUUCUUGACAAUGUAACUCCCAAGUUUUCUCGUAAUAUCGACGAAUUCAAUAAUAAUGAUCUGGACGCGAAAAUACCGAAUAAGAUGUCCGCAUUGCGCGCUUUAAACGAUUUGUAUAAUGUAAAAAAUAACGUUGAUUUGUGUAAUGGCGAUUUAAAGACGUUAAUAAAUUCCGGACAAAACGUAGAUCAGUCUGCGAAAAGAACCACUUUAAAUUUUGAGAAUAAUGAAAUGACGGGAAGAUUAAUCUUGGGAAGAAAUGUGGAGAGUAAUAAAGAAAUUAACAAAGUGUAUACUGCUCUUGACAGUAAUAAUGUAGAGAAUGGUGCAUUUACUACCGAUUAUAAAGAAGAAAUUAUCGAUGCUGUUCCUUAUGCGAAAUCUAAUACGCAAGAAGACAGCACAUCUGUGUUAAAAAAUAUAGAUAAUUCAAAGAAUAGGUCAGAUUGGUUUGACUAUUCCGAGAUAGGCAAAUGGGUGCAGAAGGGACAAGAAGCGUGCCUUAAAGAGAAGAACAAUGAGACUGAGAUUAAAAAUGAGGCGGAUGGCGGCAAUAAGUCGUUUAAUGAAUUUUUAUCGCAAGUGGCCGAGCUCGAUGAAAUUUAUGCCGAUACGCAUAAUAAAUUGGUCCAAGCUGCCACGGUGACAAACGUGAAUCCACAAAUGAUGGACGUUGAUGUUUGCGACAACCAGACCUACACUAGUUUACAAAUGGCUAUGAAAAAUCCCAUAGAGUUGUUCGAUAUUACCGAUGACAGAAAGUACGAAGAUGUGGCCGUUCCGAAACAAGAUACGGAAGUGUCCGUUACAACUCCGACAUUAACGACUAAAAGAGACGUGAUGCACGAGGAGGCAGAGGAGAGAUUGCCACCUCUGCCUCCGAAGCGAAUACGCAAAAUGCCAUCAAUGCCUCUUUUACCGCGCCCAAUAUCCGCUCAAGCGCUCGUUACCGAGGCGCCGAAUAAAAAUUUACCGUCCUUACCCGAUACUUUGUCGAAACACGCGAGGCAAGGGCUAUUUUCGAAGUUGUUUGCUAAAAAGAAUAAAAAGGACAAGUGGUCGGGAUCGGAUUUAACCAGAGAUAGCGAUCCAUCGUUGAACACCUCGUAUUUAUUGAAGAGCUCGGUACAAGACGCUGCGCAAUCACAAAUUCCACGUCCUAGCAUGACGAGCGUUACGAGUGUCAAGUCUCUCAAGCUAGAUGACGAUGAAACUCCGCUGUACGGUUUAGAUUUAACUGAAGCUGAGCACUACGCUCUGUAUACUACUAUGGCACCACGUGCGACUGCGUCAGAAUUCGACGAGAUGUCUUUUUAUUAUAGUCUAGUCGAGGGUGGAAAGAUACUGACAGAAGCAAAAGAGACCUAAACUAUUUAUUGUUUGAUAAGUAUUUUAUUGUUCGAUUUGAUACUUCUUUGUUGAUAUACUGCCAAGUUGAAAGAUGACUCAAUAUUUGUAUAAUGAUUUGAAAUGAUAUUGUUUGAGUCUACCGAUUUUAUCUGCCUAAAUGUGAGGAAUGUUGUCUUACAUUGCAGCUUUUACUAUCGUCGGUUCUUGUUGUAAAUUUGCAGUUUUGAGGCUACAACUCUUUUAAGAAUAUAUUUGUAUCUUUAGACCAAAGAUUUUUUCAGAGAACGAGAUAAUUCUCGCGAAUUGUUUCCUAAGACACGUUGCCACAUAAAAUGGAUCGAUUCUUAGAGUAAGCUCGACGCAUUUAUCUAAGUGUGCAAAAUUCUAGUCUAGUCGAGGUGCAAUUUGUUGCCUUCUCUUUAAUAUUUCUUAUUAACGGAUUUUACAAAUGAUUUGUAAGUUUUCGAUAAUUGUUAUUUAUUAUCAGAUAACUAACUACUCUUUUCUAGUCAAAAGUUCGAUGCUGUUAUAUUUUCGCAUACUCCCAAUAUACGUUGCUUUACUAUAUUUGUUGUUAAGUUUUAUAUGAUAUUACGAGUUUAUGCAAACAUUUUCUCGCUCUCUCAUGUUGUUACAGAGAGACUGCUAAUUUUAAAAAUAUCUCAAUAAAUCCUUAGCUCAGUUUGUCCGAA